AUGGACGCCAUUACGCUCAAAAUUGCUCAAGUUAGCUCAAGUUAUGCCUUCUUUAGCAAUCAAGUAUUUAGCACUUGCAGUGAUCUUCCUCUAUUGAGUUCUUUCCUCUGCUGGAGUUACCAUCCAUCGAACCUCACAGCUGAUAUUGCGUUUCGCAAAACUGGAGCAUCCACUACCAAUUGUGGCGUCCUUACUGCUUAUACCACCCCAAUAACCAGCUUUUCCCUGUCGAUGCAACAGGGCGACUUGAGUUUUCAGGUCUCCAAUCUUAAAACAGAGUAUUCAAGUGGUGAAAUGAUAAUAUUUGCUACUCAGCACCUUACUGAUAGCUUGUUAUCGACCAACCAAGUGUGGCAGGAAGGUAACAUGACUGGAACUACUUUUAAUGCUCAUUCCAUGGAUUCAGCGCACACAUUAUCAGUAGGGACUAUAAAUUUUGCGACUGGAACAACAGUUGGCAGAACUGCCCGAUAG